AUGCCCGUACCUUUUGAAGCACUCCUUCCUUUCGCCAUCAUUGCCGGUAUGUUUACCGUUACUGCAACAGGCUUGAAUGUUACUAGAUACCUUGGCAAUGAUAAGAAGCCUACAAGAUAUGGACUUGAUGUCUGGGAGAAGCAAAUGAUGGAGCGUGAUAGACGUUUAACCGGAUCACUUAGAGGACAGACCGAUCAACCUAUUGCUCCAUUAGCAUUUGCCACGAACAGUAUUUGGUAUUUGGAAAAGAAGAGAUCGCACUAA